CCAGAUUCCUUUCACGUCAAGAUGCCGGGUUCUAGUGGUAACAACCGACAAGCAGCAGCAGCAGCCGCAGACAAUGCGACUGUAACGUCGAAUGCGCAAGGCCCCGCCGCUGCACAGAAGAACAGUGUCGACACGUCCAUGUCAGCAAACACCACUUCCAACAACACUGUGUCAGACGCACGUCAGCAACUACUACUUCAAGACGUGGAAGCCGAAGAAGCUCACGAAAUUCCCCUCCUCGCUCCAACCACCACCUACGAGCAGCAAGCGGCAUCGUCAUGGCAGUUGAAUUCCUCCAACGACCGUCACUACCAUGACUCUCGCGAGUAUGGCCACCACCACGGCCACCACCAUCACGACAACAUAGAAGCCGCCGGCCACGACUACGCCUCCGACUCGGACGAGUUCUCUCUCACCGAAGGCUACGAAACCCAAUCCACCGGCAGCACAUCUGCCACCUCGUCCAUCUACGCGCACACCUACGAGCACGGCCGGCGCUACCAAUCCUACAAGAACAGCCGCUACCCCAUCCCCAACGACGAUGCCGAGCUGUCGCGCGAAGACAUGAAGCACGCCAUGCUUCUCGAGCUGCUUGACGGCCAAAUCAGUUUUGCGCCCCUGGGAAAAAGUCCGCAGAAUAUCCUGGACAUCGGCACGGGGACAGGCAUCUGGGCCAUCGACGCUGGUGAUCGAUGGCCGAUGGCUAGAGUCAGAGGGAUGGAUAUCUCUCCUGUUCAACCGGUUUGGGUCCCGCCCAAUGUGGACUUUUUGGUCGAUGAUUGUGAGCAGGAGUGGUUGAUGAGGGGGGAGCUGGACUAUGCGCAUUUUCGGUUCAUGGCGAUUGUGUUGAAGGAUUUGCCCGUGGUGUUGGGGCAUGCCAUGGAAGCCCUCAAACCAGGCGGCUGGAUCGAGUUCCAAGAACUAAACUGCGAAGUCUUUUGCGACGACGAGACCAUGCCCGAUGAUGACCCGGUCAAGGUCCUCUAUGACUUUAGUCAACAAGCCUUUGCCAAGUUCAACAUGAACAUCACCAUGCCCAAGAUCCUCAGGCGAUAUCUUGCCGACGCCGGGUUCGUCAAUAUCCAGUGUGUCGUCAAGAAGGUGCCCAUUGGGGUCUGGGCGAAAGACAAGACGCUGCGGUUGGUCGGCAUGUAUCAGAAGAUGGCCAUUCUGGAAAUCAUGGAGGCACUGGCGGGCAGACCGUUUGAUGCCCUGGGAUUAGAUCCGGUGCAGAGAGAGAUGAUUUUGAUGGAGGCAAGAAAGGGGCUGGAUAACCCGAGGGUGCAUCGCUAUUUCAACUAUUAUUUCUGGUUUGCGCAAAAGCCGCAGUAGACGGUAUGCAGAAGCGGAUGGUAUGAGACAUGAUGCAAUUGCCAUCGGGACUUGGAGACAAGCAUUUCGGCCAAGUCUCGGAAGAGCUAGGUCUUAUAACGCGAUGGCGACAGCAUCGUUUCGAAUCCGUUUACUCGUCUGGAGGAUCUGCUAGGUGGCGUAUCAGCUGGGAGGUCUACCCUUUGUACAGAAAGCCAUAGCAGAUGGGAUUUGGUUUGGAUUUGCUUUUUUUUGUCCUUUUUUUUUUCUUUUUUUCUUUUUGCAUAGCGUGUUUGGGAGACACUGUCGUUAAUUUGGAAUAGCAUGUAUAAGGAAAAUUUGGAGGACAUACCACCUUAGCAAAGUGCUAGACGAAUGGUGUACAUAGGAGGAGUGCGUCGUCCAAAGAGGCAGUCCGAGUUGUAUAUAUGGGCAUCUUGCUAUUCCUGACAUUCAU